AUGGAGAAUGCUGAGGUCCAAAAUGGGGAAGAACCUACGGAAGCUGAUGAUGCAGAAAAUAAUCAACAGCAAAAGCCAAAGCCUAGCGGGAAGGGGAAAGGUGUCGAUUGUAAACGCUGCGGACAUGUUUGUAAAAACAAAAGGGAAUUGAUUAACCAUAGGAAAGAGCACAGAGUUAGAGGCGCUCACCGAUCAUCAACAAUCCCCGAAAAAGAAAACCAGCCCUCUACCGCUUUUCAACCAAUCCCCGAAAACCAACCAUCAACAUCGUAUCAACCGCUGGAGAGAGGAUCACCUCCAACAGGUCAUUCUGUAACAUGCAGAAAAUGUCGAGAGUCUUUUCCUAACAGAAGAGCGCUGUACCUCCAUCAGAAACUACUCCAUCAAAGCGGUGAAGGAACAGAGGUACAGUUUCCAUGGGAAGAACGAGGAGACCAAGCCCCAUGGGGUGAUGAUGAAAGACUUCGCGACACCUUUUUGGCGAAUAAAAACUUCAUUUUGUCAAAGGGAGAUAAAGGUUCUCUAAAGACAACUGUUAAUUCUCCAUUAGAAAAUAACGUUUCUACAGAAAAUUUAAUCGAAAUUCUUCAAAAUUCCUGUCGGACAGAAUCACGCACUUUCAGAUUGAAUCUUUCUUUUGGUUUUAUUUUACAAAAUGUUGAGACUAGAGAAUAUAGAUAUUUCAUCCCAGAUAGAAACGAAACUGUUUUUGAUCGACCAGUUCUCAUAAAUAACAUGAGAGAUAUCAGAAAGAAAUUGCGCGAGAAAUUAAAUUCCAUAAAUCUAAUGGAGUAUUUACAACGACAGCGACCAAACAGUAAAUGGCGUAUUGUUCACAUCACAAAUGUAAAACUUUAUUUUUUUCGGACCAAGUUUUUAUUUUCUUAACUUUUAUGUGAACAUUAUAUUUUCUUUUUUAAAACUUUGUAUACAUU